GAACCCCAUCGGAGGACCGUUAGAUUAAUUAUUUCGAAAAUAGAAGGCAGUGGGAUUGACAAAAGCGUGGCGCCAUAUUGCCUGCUUGUGUUUGGUUGCCGUUGUGGCGCGUGGUCAAGAAUAUUAUCUCUGAAAUAAUCGUCAUGUCUGAUAACCAGGAACAGAAGCCUGAUGCCGGCCCAGGUGACGCGAAUUCGGAGUAUAUAAAACUCAAAGUUGUAGGAAAUGAUAGCAACGAAAUACAUUUCAGAGUUAAGAUGACCACCCAAAUGGGGAAGCUGAAAAAAUCAUACAGUGAUCGUGUGGGAGUACCAAUGACGUCGCUAAGGUUUCUAUUUGAUGGCAAAAGAAUCAAUGAUGAUGAAACGCCGAAACAGCUGGAAAUGGAAAACGAUGACGUGAUUGAAGUUUACCAGGAGCAGACUGGUGGUCAGUACUGAAGAUUUAAAAGCAAAAGGCCAUGUAAUUUGGUUUCAAUAUUUUUAAAGUGAAAGUGAUUUAAUGGUAAAAAAAAAAAGAAAAAUGGACAAGAUUAUUAUUACGCAUAUGUAUGUUUAAAAGAAAUCAUUAUGUAACUUAAUUCUCAUAAUCUGGAUGUGCUGUUUUACAUUCCUCUGAGGUAAUGAUGAGUCCGUGAACAUUGAGUAUAAGUUUAGUUUCAAAGUCGUCCUCUGACUUCUAAAUAACUUUACCUCAGCAGCGUUUAACUUGCUUCUCUAUACUAUUUUUUUUCUGUACACUGAUAUCGAAUAUUAUAACCCUUUCGAUGCAGCCGCUAGAUUUAUGAGUUACCUAAAAACAACGAUUCAAUCGAGUAUCCAGUUCCACAUUGAAUAAUAGAACUUAGGGGUGUUGCGAUCUUCAUCUACCAAAAUUGUUAAGUGUCAGAUUACAAAUAAACACAUGAAAUAAAUUAAUAAUAUGUAAGAAAAUAUCAUAUUUUUUGGUCAGUUUCUUCAAUGAUAAACAGCACGUCUUAAUUCAGAAGCUUGUGCUUUUCUAUCAGGGUUUUUUCUUCGUCUCAGAAUAACCGAAGUUGAUCGAAGAUUCGUUCAAUUCAAAAGAUGUUUUUUCAGAGAAACAUUGAUCAUACUUCGUUAAUUUGUCCAAAGCCACUAUAACUUAGUUCAUAAACGAGGUUUUUAAAACUCGAUAGAAUUGUAGAACGCCAAAUAGCAUUGGUUACAAGUAUACAUAUUGCACAUACCAAAUUGGCGUAUUCCAAAGUCAUCGUAUAGUCUCUUGCAAAAAUUCAUUUAUCACAGACUACGAUAAUUUUGGAAUAACGAUUUUCUAGUAUUAUUCGGCAUCAUAUUUUUCUUGCUUCACUUCCACCGCAAACUAGUAAUAGGUGUUACUUUGAUUUCUCUUAAAUCCACUGUAAGUUCAAAAGGUUUUGUUAUUGUCCACUAAGUUGUAUCCAUACUUGAGUAGCAUGCCAAAUUAUUAUAAUAUUUAAUACGUGAAAGUUAUUGUCAUUUCAAUUUAAGUAUAAUUGUUCAAUAAACUUGGAUAAAAAAAAGUAUUUUUCUAUAUGAAACUUGAACUUGUAAUAAAUCAAUCUAACACAAUAAAUUUUGGCGAGGUCGUUUGCUUAAUUAUGUUCGCACUCGACCAAAACUUUCAUUGGAUUUACACACUUGACGAGGUACGGUGAAAAUAAAAAUACGAGUCAUUUUUUUCCGAUCUUAGAUUUUUAGUUAUGGUUGUCGAGUAAUAUGUAAAUCGUAAUACCUUCGUCGUUUGAAUAAAGAAGUUCUAUUUA